UUCCCUUUUUCACACAGUUGACUCUAGCCGCUUUUUUCCGAUCCUUCGCCAUCUUGGACCGAUAGCAGCUGAAGGAAAAUGGCCAGCCGACUUCUGAGUUUGACGUCGCGCCAGGCGCAGAAGCUGCAGAAAUGCAUGAGCUCGAGCGUGUCCAAGACCGGGGCCCGCGAGGUGGUUGGCUACGGCUUCAACGGCCAGCACAACUACGCUGACCGCGUCGACUUCCCCAUGCCGGCUGUCCGUUUCCUGGAGAACACCCCCGACAUCCUGGCUUUGAGAGAGAAGGAAAAGGGUGACUGGAAAAAGCUGAGCCUUGAGGAGAAGAAAGCUCUUUACAGGGCGAGCUUCUGCCAGACCUUCUCAGAAAUGAAGGCCCCCACCGGACAGUGGAAGAGCGUCGUCGGCCUGACCUUAAUGAUCUCGUCGCUCUCCCUCUGGAUAUACAUGGCCAUGAAGACCUUUGUUUACAAGCCUCUGCCCGAAACCUUCAGUGAAGAGAGGGUUCAGGCACAGCUGCAACGUAUGAUCGACAUCAGAGUUGACCCCAUCGAAGGUCUCACAUCCAAGUACGAUUACGAAAACAACAGGUGGAAGUAAGCUGUGCUCAAUCUUGGCUCGCCUACUUCGUAUUAGUCCAAAUUUUAGCACCCAGUAAACAGCUAUCGGCUCAGGUGCCUACAUGGUUCUUUCAACAAUUCCGUUCUAAGUUCUCGCUCUUGUCACCCAAAAUUUCGGCUACGACGCAUUACUUUCGCCCUUUGUUGAGAAAAAAGUUGUUGUGUAUAUAAAGAAUGAGGUGCGUGUAGAUGCUACUACAUUCUAAUAAAAAUAACUAAUUUAAAACAGAGGUUAA